AUGUUUGGUCCAGAGGGCUCGGGUUCAAUCGAUCAAGUCCACAUAGCUCAAGUUGGUUACAAAUACUUGUCCGACAAUAUGUACAAGCUUGCACACCUAUUUGGAAAAGCAGGCGAUCAAAUAGGCUACCUCUAUGACUACGGCGAUAAAUGGUAUCACAGAAUUGAGAUUGUCAAAAUUAUACCUCAAGAAGAAUCUUCUGGAUCUGUAGAAGUGAUUGAAGGUAAAGGAAUGUGCCCAGGAGAAAUGAAAAGGGAGAUCCUUGCCACUCCCAACUACAAUUCAUUUGGAAAGCCACCCUCAUUGGUCGACCCUGCGGUCUUUGACCUCGAUGCUGCAAAGGCAAGAGUCGCAGAAGCUUUGAGCAGCACAACCUCUGUUCGUUCUGGAGCUAAGAAGUUCCAUAUGCCUAUCAUGCCAGGCGCUGAGCACAUUAUCAACCAAAUGGAUCAACAACAUCUGAAGAAAGGUCAGACAAUUGUCAAUUCGCACGACAUGGAAAAUUAUGGAUUUUGGAAUGAGACUGUCUCCACGAAGAGAGACGCCCGCAAGGAAGCUGUAUGUGGCUUUUGCGGAAAGCCCGCAUCCUCCGAGGUGCAGCUAAAGGCUUGCGCUGGUUGCCAGCAAGUGAUAGUCAUUGGAAAUCCAUUCACAAGAAGUUGCUAUGAUGCAGUCGAUGAGAAGCCGAAGUCAGAGUGUGAAGCAAUGAAGAAACCUCAAGCAGGAAGCUUGAUCAAUAAAGGCUCAAUGAUCGACCUAAAACAGGACUCAUUAACAUUUUGA